AAAUGUGAUGCAUCAUAUCUUCAAGCUGAAUCCUUGGAUGGACUAAAUGCUAAUCACAUCCAUGCUAUUUUAUAUAAGCAAGAUAUUUUGGAUCUGCAUAAAUUCAUGUAUUUAGAUCCAUCAAGAAUUCAAUUUGCACUUGAAGAAUAUUCAUUUCGCUUUUUUAAUCCUUUAGGCAACGUUGAAGUCAGAAUUUAA